UCUCCGGCCUCAAGCGCCGGCUGUUCCCUCUAAGGGCUUCUCCUCCCUCCGCUGCUGGACGGGGGUUCCGAGGCGUCGUCCAAUCACGCGGCAGGGUGGGCGUGGUCCUGACGCUUUCGCCCCGCCUUCCCUCAGAGGGCGGAGGGCGUUCUGUGACUGAGGGGAGCUGCCUGUCUGUCAGGGUUGUCAACAGUGUGGAGCCUAGGACUGACUUCUCCCCAACAUGGCCCAGUGGCAGCAGAUCCAGUCGUUGGACAGUGUAUAUCUGAAUCAAGUGCAUGACCUCUAUUUGGACAACAGCCUGCCCAUGGAAGUGCGACAGUACCUGGCAUACUGGAUUGAGGAACAAGACUGGAACAGAGUAGCACAGUCAGAUCCCUCACUGGCCUGCUUGCUUUUCCACGAUAUACUAACUCUCCUGAAUGAUCAACUGGGGCGUUUAGCAUUGGGCGAAGAAAACAACUCUAACAUAUUGCUCAAACACAACUUGCAACGCUCUAGAGCUCAUCUCCAGGCCCUGUAUCAAGAGCGUCCUGAGCAACUGGCCAAUGUCAUUGAUGGUCUGCUGAGGCAGGAGCAAGCUAUUUUGUCGGCUGCCUUGGCUGCCUCUCACCCAGUAGUGGAGCCCCCAAUGGAUGCUCUCAUGACCUCUAGCCAUCAGUACAACAUUCAAAACAGGCUAGCAACUAUGCGAAGUGCAAUUCAGGCUCUGAAAACCUCCAUAGAUCAACUUGAAUUGCUUCAGGACACCUUUGAUUUCUGCUUCAAGACACAUAAACAUUUGGAAAGUACGGUGCCUAAUAAUGAUCCUGCUCAAGACCGAAGAAAGCAGGAGUUACAAGUAAUGUUAAAUAAUGUGGACUGUUGCCGUAAGGAAGUGCUGGCCCAGAUCCAUGAACAGCUGGGCCGUUCAGUGACUCUGAGGGAACUGCUACUGAAAGAGCGAGAUGCAUGGAAAGAUUGCCAGCGGCGAGCAUGCAUUGGAGACACCUGUGAUACCAGCUUAGGACAGCUAGAGAAGUGGUUCACCGCGAAUGGUGAGGACCUCUUCCAUUUGCUGCAGCUGUUGCAGACACUGAGGGAGCUACAACAAAAGCUGACCUAUGCCAAUGAUCCCCUGAUAUGCACCUUGCCCCAUCUAGAAAAGCGACUGAAGGAACAAAUUGUCUUCCUUUUGGAAAGUGCCUUCGUGGUGGAGAUUCAGCCUAACAUGCCUUACCCUAAUCGCCGGCCACUGGUGCUGAGAGCAAAUCAGAAGUUCUCUGUCCGUGCCAGGCUCCUAGUGAAGCUGAUGGACCGGAACCAUCAGAUGGAGGUGAAGAUUGAGAUUGACAGGGAUUCUACCAAUUUGGCCGGGUUUCGGAAGUUCAACAUUUUGACAUCAAACACCAAGACCUUGAUGAUGGAUAAGCCCCAAAUAGAUGGACUUGUUUGUGACUUCAAGCACAUUUCACUGAAAGAGCAGAAGAUCAUUGGCUCCGGGAAGGGCAAGGGAGGCAAAGGGAUCAAUGAGGGAGGGUUGUCUGCCUCAGAGGAGCUGCAUAUCAUCACUUUCACCCUGGACUAUUGUUACCAAGGUUUCAAGUGCCAGUUGCAGACUUCCACCCUGCCAGUGGUUAUCAUCUCUAAUGGCAACCAGACAUCCAGUGCCUGGGCCUCCAUCUUAUGGUUCAUCAUGCUCAGUAAAGAUCUAAAGAACCAGCGAUUCUUCUUCAGCCCACCAGCUGCCACUUGGGCCCAAUUGUCCACUGUUCUGAGCUGGCAGUUCUCUGCUGCUACUGAGCGAGGCCUGAAUGCAGAUCAGCUCAAGAUGCUGGGAGAGAAACUCUGUGAUGGAACGACUGCCACAGCACAGAGCACCAUCACCUGGGCUCAGUUCUCUAAAGAUUCUCCUUCCAGCUUCUCCUUCUGGACCUGGAUUGAUGGGAUUUUGCUCCUAAUUCAGGAACACCUGCUGCAGCUCUGGAAGAAUGAUCUCAUCAUGGGAUUUGUGAGCCGCAAGCGGGAGAAGCACCUAUUGAAGAGAAAGAGAGGGGGCACAUUCCUCCUCCGUUUCAGUCAGACUACCCGGAAUGGUGGCAUCACCUGCACCUGGGUGGAAUAUGAUGACCAAGGUUCCCCCAAGUUUUCUGCAGUUGAGCCUUACACCAGAGAACAACUCAGAAUCCUGCCACUGCCUGACAUCAUCCACGACUAUCACAUCCUGGCUGAGGAAGUUAUCCCAGAAAAUCCACUCCAUUACCUCUAUCCAGACAUUCCCCGUGAUGAAGCUUUUGGUCCUUAUUACAGUGAACACCGAGAAGCAGACCUGACAGAAAAGAGAGAAUACCUAAAACGUCGCCUAAUUAGUGUCUCGUCUAGACAACCUGAAGAAGCCCAGGCCUCAGACCUCCAACUUCCAAAACCCAGUGCCUCAGACCUCCAAGUUCCAGAGGCGAAUGUCCCAGAACUCCAUGUUCCAGAGGCGAAUGCCCCAGAACUCCAAGUUCCAGACCCCAGCACUCCAGAGAUAAAUGGUGUACCUGAAAAUUAUAUCCCUUUGCCCAGGGAGAUGGAGGAGCUAGAACAAGGACUUGGAGGCCUUCUGUUUGACAAGCACGAUCCUUAUCUCCCACAACCAGCUGAAGAGCAUUACCUGGGACCGAUACCACCUGAACUGUUCAUGGCCCCCGAAUUACAAGAGUUGAAUCUGGAUGAAGCAGACUUUGAGUAACACAAAUAGUCAUAUUCUUGGAAGUAACAACAGUUUUAGGGGACAGAGAAUGGCAGUGGUGCAUUCUGCCAAGCUGAAUAUCUGUUUGUGGACCUCCUGCUGCCUGCCCUCAUCCCUCAGUGUGAAGCAGAGCUUUCUCUUUAACCAAUUCAAAAAGGAUGCUGAACCAGCGAGGAAAGGGAAUUUAAUAUGGCUAUUCCAAACAUGAUAAUAGUGAGAUUAGACACUAUGGAAGCACACUGAAAUAUGUGUAGAUCAGCAGAGCUGGAUAAAUUGGGGUUUUAGGUGCAAUAAUAGAACAGAAAAUAGAAGGGAAUCAACAAACAGUGGUUUAGUAAUUUGGUAGCAGUAAUUUCUGUUAGCAAGCAAGAGUGUGUUGAAAACAGAAGGAGUUACAGGGCAGGUGCCUUUAUCACCCAUCUGUAUUCCCUGUAAUUCACUUUCUAGAGAAGUCCUCCUUUUUUAGCUUCAGGCAGCAAAGUAUUGUGAGCUGCCCCACCAGUUAACAAUAUUUCCUUCUAUAGAAAUCCAUUCCAGAUUUCCUUUCCUUCUGUUUAACAAUUCUCUUUUGCUUCUUUGUUUUUAAACAUGACCAGGUAAGAGUAGUUGGGGUGAGUUGCAGUUGAGCUGAAGUUUUCCCCUUCAGCAUAUGGAACGCAAGAGCCAGGCAAAAAUGGAAUUUAUCCUUUUAUAGCUAAGGGGCUGGUGGCAGGCAUUCCGGGGACAAGAGAUUGGACCUGCUGAGGUGUAGAAGCAGGGAGAGCACAGGAAAGGGCACACAAGUUCAGCCAGUCUUUUGGAAGCCUGGAAAAGGGAGGAGAGUAUGUGACUCAGCCUGGCAACCUGGUUUACUGGCUCAGUUAAAAAUAGGCUGACAAAUUUAUCUCUAUAUAAUAACAUCCAAAAUCCACAAAACUGGUACCUUUAUGGGACCAACUAAAAUGCACAAAAUACUUCAUGCAAGCUUUCAAAGGUCCGUCAGGCAAAGGUUGUAAAAAUCAUACAGGAAAAAACCUUUUUGCCAAUUAGUCACAGAACUGAAUUUUGUCAAGAUGUGGUUGGGGUGGUUUUGAGUACAGAGGGAUAGCUAUGCAGGCAAGCUACUCCUCCUGGCCAUUUGGCACUGGGAGACAAAGUAUUGUUUUUAAUUUUAUUAAGAUAUAUAUAUAUAUAUAUAUAUAUAUAUAUAUAUAUAUAAACAUUAACUCAAAACCAAAACAACAGCAAACACUCACUAAAGCAUUUCUAUCUUCAAUAACAUUUAUACUAACUUAAAUCAUGUUUACUCUACUUCCUAGACUUAUUGUUUGUCAUAUUAUCCUUCUGCUUCCAUCAUCCCCAAAUAUAUUUUACUUCAUAGCUAUUAAAUAUAUAAUUUCUUAUUAAACAGACUUAAUCCCUAACCAUUUUGUUACAUUUUUUUUGUUUUAUUAUUUUGGCUUCUAAAUUAUUUUCAUACUAAUUUGAUGUGCUAUAUAUUUUCAUUAUUCUUAUUCAUUCUACUAAGCUAAUACACAUACCAUCAUCUUCCUCUGUUUGUAUAUAACACACCCAAGGUUUACAUACUUUAUAAAACUUUUGUAUUGAAUCUUUCCUUAUCAAACACGUAAGCUUAUCCAUUUCAAAUAUUCAUACAUUUUCAUCUUCUUUUCUUCCAGUUUGGGUAGUUCAGUACUUUUCCAAUAUUUUGCAUACAGUGUUCUAGCCGCAACUAUUGCAUGGAAUAAAAGUUUUCCAAAUUUA